AUGCAUGACUGGAAAUCAAUACUAAAGCGCCGUUCACGCAGGUGGGAUAGCUCUGACCCCGAGCGUGCACCUCCUCCAUUGCCUUUGAAUCCUCGUUCAAUGAGCCCCGCCACAAGGAGUCACGUCUCGCCCGGCAUCCAGGCCGUGGCAGCCAAAUUCACCGAUAAACCCAGUGACCAUGCUCCUAGCUCUUACACAACAAAUCCCAUGCCAAAGUCUGGAUCACCGGAAAGGUCCUUGGUCAAGGGACAUCAUCAUAAGCGCAUGCAAUCUUUGCAGCCCAGCGACACCAAGGGUGACGCACGUUCUGAAUUUCUAAAUUACCUUGAGAAUCGAUCUCCCGAAAGACCUCUCAGAGCUACGAUUCUUGAUCCAACGACCCAGCCGCAGGAUACGAGCAAAUGUCUUGGUUCUCCGCCUCGUCCGUCCGAGAGGGAAAUCCCUAGCUAUGUAUCCAGUCGUUACUUAUCGAAGCCCAUUCUGGGCGAGAGCACACCUCCCUCCGCAACAAUGUUAGCACUGCAGAAUAUGCAAAUUCCUGCCGACGAGCCUCCAUCACCCUCGAAACCACCUAAGAUGAUUGCAGCGCCAAAACUCGAAGAACCCACCCACACCAUGGAUACCCUCGCAACGCAAAUCUAUAGCCUUACCGAUAUCGCCAGCAGCUUGCAGCGCGAGAUGUCUAAUUUGAGUCGACGAAGUAAAGAUAAUGCUACUGAUCUGGUCAGCUUGAAGGCUGCGACCAAUGCACGAGAUGAAGAUAUUCGUAAGAGCUUGAAGGAUAUAACCUCCAACCUCUCAGCGAAGUACUUGGAGGGUGAUUUUUCAAGGUUUGAUCUAGCCUCACUCCUAAAGCCUGAUAAUGGGCCUAACCAAACUGAAUCGGAUAGUUCUCCAAACUCCAAGAGAAGCUACUCUGCACCGCGAAUGCCGAGCCCUAACCCGUUCUCCUUUGAUCGCGAUAUAUGUGGUUCGCCUGCACCGAUCUCCGAUGGAUCCGCCAGUAUUGCUUUGCUCGAAAAAGUGCUGCGUGAGAUGGCCACAAAGGAAGGUGAGGAGAGGCUUCUGGAACUCAUGGAUGAAAUCAAGUCACGCCCCGCAGCGACUGCCUCCGACAAAGAUGCCGACAAGAAGAUUACCAAUAUGCUGGAGGAAAUUCUCAACCUUGUCAAAGAGGACCCAUCCAGCAGAGCUCUUGUUCGCUCAAUGACCGCCGAAAGCCUUCGACCACCUAAUAAUGCCAAUGCGGAAGGGACAAGAUCCACAUCACUCGGCUCGAUCGAUGAAACGGCUACUGUUCGUGCACUGGAUGUUCCAAAGAGCGAUAAGCUUCAGCGCUCGAGCGCAAACAGUGACGAAGUUUUGACAAUCCUUCGCAGUGUCAAGAACAGCGUGGUUGAAGGCGGUGGUAUGACCAAUGGCGUGAAGGCCUUGGUGCGGGAACUGCGCGGCGAGGUACUGGGUAUGGGCCGUGACCUUGCAAGCAGGCUGCAAGCCGUUGAAAAGAACGUUACCGAUGAAGCAGAGCAUCGGCGGGAAUCCGACCUUCCUAACGCAGAUGAUAUCUCUGCCAUCGUCCAGGACAGUCUUCAUGACCUUCAAGAGCAGCUGGCUGCUACUAUGAACGAGAGCCGACACCACUCAAAUGCGCUGUCGCAAUUUCAAUCUACCAUGAAUAGCGCUGAGAUCUAUUCUAUCGUCAAAAAAGCGUUGGAAGAAAUGGAAUUUCCACAGCCACAUCAAGAACUUGAAGGUUCUCGGAUGGAAAAGGAAGAUAUUCUAGACACAGUGCGCGAGGCUUGGGAGACCUACAAACCCGAGAUUGAGUUGCAAACCAUUGGUUUGGAGCGAGACGAGAUUUUGGAUUGUCUGGCCGAGGGACUGAAGUCUUACCAGCCCCAGAAUGAACAAGCCCUCUCGUAUGAUCAAGUACUAGCUGCCGUCCAGAAUGGAUUGCAGCACUUUACUCCACCCCCAGUCGAACAGCCUCCGAGCAUUACCAGAGACGAAAUCAUCCUCACUAUCCGCGAAUGUCUUGAGAAGCCAGAGCCAACUUCAAGAGGCUUGGAUGAAGACCAAGUCAAUCAUCUGAACUCGAUGCGGGAUGACAUUCUCCAUGCCGUAUCAGAGAAGCUUCAACCCCAUUCAAGGGGGCUGGAUGAGGAUCACAUUCAGCAUCUCAGUUCCAUGCGAGACGAGAUUCUUCAUGCCGUUUCCCAGGUUGCUCAGCCAGAUCAAAGAGGCUUGGAUGAAGAUCACGUUCAUCACCUCGCCUCUAUGCGAGACGAGAUUCUUCAUGCCGUUUCUCUGGUUUCUCAGUCAGACCACAGGGGCUUGGACGAGGAGCACAUCAACUAUUUCAAUAGCAUUCGCGAUGAUCUUCUACAGGCCUUGGCCGACCGACCGGCAUCAUCUGAAAGGUCCUUGGAUGAUGAACACAUCCACUACUUGAACUCUAUCCGUGAUGAUAUCUUGAACGCUGUCGCUGAAAGACAGGUGGCCGAGUCAACUGCGCCCAGGUCUCUCGAAGAUGGUAGUCAAUUUGAGCACCUCAACAACCUCCGCGAUGAGAUACUUGACGCUGUAACCAGAUCUGUUGCCACCCAGAGUAUGGUCAGCAAGGAGUCCUUCGACUCUGGUUUGGGUCGUGAUGAAAUUGUCAGCGCUGUCUCCGACGGUCUUGAGGCUCAUUUCACUACUGCCAAGGAGAUGGAAGAGCCUCGUGUUUCUCGUGAGGAUGUCGUGAGUGCCAUUAAUGAUGCAUUCAAUGCCCAGCAAUCUGCUUUGGCUGCUCCCAUUCAACCGACCGUCUCACGUGAAGAGAUCAUGAAUGCUAUUGUGGAUGGUAUUGAGAUCGCCAACCAGGCCAAGGAUUCGGCAGUUAGCACCGAUGUUCAGGUACCCUCAUUAUCUCGAGAGGAGAUAUUGGAGGCUAUUUCGGAAGGACUGGAGAGGUCAAACGAGUCGCCAAAGUCAGCAUUGAGUACCGAGGUUCAGCAAACAUCUAUAACCCGCGAGGAAGUUUUCACUGCUAUCGUCGAUGGUUUUGAAAGUGCAAACACCAUGACUCGUGAAAUUGAGCUGAACAAAGAUGAUCUGAUGGAAGCAAUCACCGCUGGCCUCCACGAGGCGACCAAUUCUGCCAACAUGAACGUUGGCGACCAAGUUCUUGUACGCCUCCAAGAAGUUGUCGAUGGCAUGAAGGAGGAAUUCAAGCAGUACUCGGCCGCAAAUGGCAGAGAUACUGAGCAAGUGCUGGAUUCCAUUAAGGAUGGUCUCGCUGUUGUCAGACAAGAAAUCGAGUCUUACGUUGCUACCUCCCAAGAUGUGUCAGGGAAACUUGAGAUCAUCGACACGGUUAAGGACGGCUUCCGACUUCUUCAAGCUGAUAUGGAGAAGACUAUUACGGAUACAGCUGUUUCCAACGCGCCUCGUAGCAGCCCCGAUACGCCUGAGCUUCUGGAUGCCAUGGAAAAAGAAUUCGAGCAUUUGCGGGCCACAAUGAGUAAUCUCCUUCUGGACAGCCACCGAGCCAGUGACAAGGACGAUAUCAUGGACGCUAUUCGUGACUUAGGCGAUCAUCAAAAGGGCGCCUCCAAUGACGAAGCAAUCGUGAAGUCUAUCAGAGAGGAGUUUGAAAACCUGCGCGAACGAAUGGAAAUGAGCGUUGUCCGCUCUGAGCCACCCGCGUCUGAGAAGGACGAAAUCUUGGCUGCUCUCCGCGAACAAUUUGAUGCUUUCCGUGAUGAGUCGUCACAGAACAAAGACGGCGGCGAGAGUAUCUUGGCUGCUACCAGCGAGCUACUUGAUGCCUUCCAUGGUGGCAUUGACUCCAUUCGUGGUGAUGUCCAGAAGGUUCUUGAGAAGCCGGCAGAGUUUGACAGUUCCGAAAUCCUCGAAACUAUUAAGGAAGGACUGUCUGAAUUGCGAUUUGAUAUUGAGGCCCUUCGACAAGCCCAAAAAGAUAGGGACGAUAAGGAAGCAGCCGAUGUUGAAACAACUCGAGGCGGCGAAGUUGUCCUCGCCAAUGAGUCUCCUCUUGACACCCACAUGGAGGGACUAAAAACCCUCAUUACACAGCUGUCAGACCGGGUUGAGUCUAUUGAUUCGACUCCUCGCUCAGCCGAGCCCGCUGAACCUGCCGAGCCUGCUCCAGAUGCAUUGAACCGAGGUCAUCUCGAUGAAGUCCUGAUGGCUCUUCAAGAAAUCCAGCUUGCUGUGGGCGAGAUGAGUGCCAGUCGGGAGAUCCCUGAAGGUGGAGCUCGUAAGGAAGAUACUGAUACCAUUGAGCAUCUCCUCAUGAGCACAAAGGCUCAGAUUGAUGAAAUCCACUUUCCAUCGCCUGAAGAGCUUGCCACCUCUGAGCAAAUCGGUGCCUUAGAAGUUAUGGUGCGCGAGGCAAAAGAUUCGAUUGCCGAUUUCGCCGCGCGACUGGAGGCCGAAGGAACUACCAAAUCUGACAUCGGAACUCUCGAAGGGCUCAUAAAGGAUGUUUGGGUUGCUCUUGACGAGAUGAAGGGCAAGACCAAGGAAGGGGAAGAGGGUGAGGGUGACGAGGAAGGAGAUGAGAACGGUCAAAUCCGCAGAUCCGAUCUUCAGACGGUGGAGGCUAUGAUUUUCGAGGUUAAGUCUCAAAUUGAUGAGCUUAAACUCCCCGAUGUUGAGACCCUCCCCACCAAGGACGAAAUUCAAGAAUUGUCGUCGCUGGUCACCGAGUUCCGUGACAAGAUGGAGGCUUCCAACGAUCUUACCGCUCAAGGAUUUGACGCGCGGAAGGUCGAGCAUGGCGGCCUUGCUGAGAAGAUUGAUGAGGCUAAGUUCACUGUCAAUGAACUUGGCGAGGAGCUCAAGAGCAAACUUGAUGGCAGCAGCGAAGGGCUCACUGAGCUUAAGCAACUGCUCGAAGGCCUUGCGAUCUCCGCUGAAAACUUCACGACUGUUGACAAUAUCAAGGAACUUACUGAUCUCAUCAACCGUGAAUUCGAACGUGCUCGUGGGGAAGAGGAUGCCGGCAAGCUGGACAAAGAGGAGCGAGAUGCCGCAGCCAUGGUCAAACACGAUGAGACUCGUGCUGCUGUCAUUGUUGAGAUUGGUGCCAAGAUCGACGAAAAGAUUGGCGAAAUCAUGUCCAAAUACGACGAUGCACACACUUCUCUCCAUUCAAAAUUCACCGAAACCGAGGAGCGAGACAUAGCUCACGCUGAGAUGGUUACGAGUACCAAGUCACUGGCCGAAGAUAUCAAGCUCGUCAUUGGUGCCAUGGGUACCACUGUUACUGAAACAUGUGAGCGCAUGGUUGAUGAGACCAAGGCUCUCGCGGAGAAGGUUGAUGAGUCGCACCUCCGCAUGGAAGAAAUUCACAGCGAGACCAAAUCUCACCAAGAUCAGUCUCGAGGCGAAAACGAGCGAGCUGUUGCCGCUACUGAGCGUGUGGAGAGCAAGCUACUUGAAUUCCAUCCUCAGAUUCUUGAGACAGUCCAAGAGAUCUUGUCAGUCGUGAGCCAGCAUUACGAUCACUCCCAGAAGUCAGCGGAAGAAGUCAAGGCCGAGUUAUCUUCUCUACCAGCCGCCAUCCCUACCAUGUUACCUGCUUUGCCUCCUCCUGAAUCAUCACGUGCGAUUGAAGACGACCCUGUCCAUAACAAGUUGGAUGAUCUCUUGGCACACACCAGGAAUAAUCCAGUACAGGAGGUUCUCACUACGCUUCUGGACCAUUCUAAGAAUGAACAGCUCCACAGCAAGCUUGAUCGCGCCCUUGAGCACAGUGCCGCAUCUAACAGUGACAUCUACGAAAAGCUCAAUCAAAUACUUGAUCAAGCGACCAGUGGCAGUGGCUCUGUGCACGAGAAACUUGAUUCCUUGCUGAACCGUCCAGUUCAAACGGUUGACCCUGAACACUCUGUCACCCAAAUGAUGAAGUUGGAUGAAAUGCACAAAGAUAUCAUGGAGAACACUCGCAAGAUGAAUGAGAUGUUCGCCGUUCAGUCCACUCUUGUUGCGGAAGACACCGAACGUAAGCGUCGCGAGGCCGAAGAAGCUGCAAUUGCCUUGGAACGCAGAGUCGCCCAGCGUGAGAGUGUAGAGGCUGAACUCGUCGGUCUACACGAAGAGAAGGAUUCCUUGCUGAAGAUGCUCCACACUUUGAAGACGGAGAAGGACGAAUUUGCCAAACAAAACGCGAAGAUGAGCAAGGAGCUCUCUGGUCUUGAGACUGCUUUAGAAAUUCGCCACGAAGAGAUGCAACACAUGGAAGAGCGCGCUGACGGGCUGGAGAAGCGUAUCCUAGAAGGCGUCCUUGACCAUGCCCGAAGUGUGCUUUUGAGCAGAUCCGGCAGCCUCAGCAGCAUGAAUCUUAAGCGCAACCGGAGCACACGUACAUCUCGCACCGGCGCUCGCAGCCCCAGUGUGACCAGCAUUACUACGGCUAGCACUGCUCGCGAGUCAAAGGACGCCCGGAGCCUUCUCGGCAAUGGUGUAGGCAUGGCACUUAAGCGCCGUACCGCGAACAGCCUUCAUCCUGGACCGACAGCUGUCCAGCCUAACAUUGGCAAGGAGCGCCGAAUUCUCAGCUUGAGCCAUGUCACUGGCAAUCGUGACGCCGGUCGCCCGGUGGGAGCCAAUAGUGGCCUCACAAGCCUGAAGCGCAGCCACUCAGUGAAAUCGAACUUUGCUCUUCGUAAGACCUCGUGGGCUGGACCCAACUCUACUGCAAAUAAGGAGAACGAGUCAUUCCCCGAAGAAGAAGAGCCCGAGAGUGAGACUGAAACAGACCUUGGUCCCGAUCGGAGAUCUAGCUAUGCAGGUACCGAAAGGAAAUCCAGCUAUGCCGGAACCGAUCGCAAGACCAGCUAUACCGGCACUUGCACUGAUAGUGUCGUCUCGGCCGACCGCCGCACCAGUGGCAUGAGCUAUUCCACGGACGGACUGACUGACCUGGCGGAGAGCUCUAUUGUUAGUGGUGAUCAUCACGCCGAAGAACAUGAACAUGAAGGCUCUGAGGUAUCUUCUGGGUCAGAUGACGAUGCCCAGACAGCUCGUGAGGAUGACGAGGAAUCUGACUCCAAGACUGAACAUGGAGAAAAAGAUGAAUCAGAAGACUUGAAUGAUGACGUGGACGAUCAUUUCGAGGAGACUGCGUCUGCAAUGGAGGCGGAGGUGAUGAAGCUACUAGAAGCUCCUGCUGACAGUGGACUGGGGACUGAAAUGACAGUGUCGUGA